AUGGCCGGGAAAAUCCUCAAUACCGUUGUUUCAUCUAGUAGAAAUGCUAUGAGGAGGAAGAGACCAGGAUUUCACAACCCACUCGCAACAUGCCACCGGUCGUUGGCAAGCACCAACACUGUUCCUCUCAGGACGAUCAAUCAUCAAGUUGUCGACGACAUCAAGGCGUAUCCUCCCACCCUUCUCCAAUACAAUGGACCCAAGGAGAUUAAGAAUGUUAAUAAAGAAGACGAGGUUAAGCCGUUGAGCCACGCAUAUGUGGGAAUGACGGGAGGUCAGAUCUUUCACGAGAUGAUGUUACAACAUGGCGUCAAGUACAUCUUUGGAUAUCCGGGAGGCGCUAUUUUGCCGGUAUUCGAUGCUCUACAUGAGUCUCCAGCCAUGGACUUUUUCCUUGUCAAGCAUGAGCAAGGUGCAGGCCAUAUGGCGGAAGGUUAUGCACGAGCAUCUGGACGACCAGGUAUAGUCGUAGUCACAUCUGGUCCAGGUGCCACAAAUCUCAUCACUCCUCUCCAAGAUGCGCUCAUGGACGGAACGCCAAUGAUCGCAUUUUGCGGCCAAGUCCCAACCUUUGACUUGGGAAAAGACUCGUUCCAGGAAGCAGAUGUCAUGGGGCUUGCAAGAGCCUGCACCAAGUGGUGUGUACAACCCCAAAGCGUUGACGACUUGCCACGCUGUAUCAAUGAGGCAUUCGAAGCCGCUACGACUGGAAGGCCUGGUCCGGUGCUGGUGGAUCUGCCAAAGGAUGUCACUGCGUCAAUCCUUGGGUCUUCUUUGCCUUUGACUCCACCAAAGCAGACCACAUUUACUCGUGAUGAACCUCUACUCGACUCUCAGGAGCUCGCUGCCACGAUAGCGCGAGCUGCAACUUUGCUCAACAAUGCUAAGAAGCCUGUCAUCUACGCGGGGCAAGGCAUCAUGUCUCAUCCCGAUGGGCCUGUCUUACUUAACCAACUCUCCCAAAAAGCCACAAUCCCUGUCACUACAACUCUCCUGGGCCUAGGCGCCUACGACGAGAAUGAUCCUAAAUCGCUACAUAUGCUCGGCAUGCACGGAUCCUGUUAUGCUAAUCUAGCCAUGCAAGAAGCCGAUGUCAUCAUUGCUCUCGGUGCGCGGUUCGAUGAUCGUAUCACACGCAAACUAGACGGAUUCGCUCCGGAAGCACACAAAGCUGCUGCUGAAGGCCGGGGUGGCAUCAUUCACUUUGAGAUCUUCCCACACAACAUGAACAAAGUUGUAAAAGCCAAGGAGCUGAUCCCUGGAGAUGUGGUCGAGAAUCUUGCUGAAUUCGUGCAACUUACAGAGGAAGUUUCCAGUAGGCCGGAGUGGUUGGCACAGAUUGCUGAGUGGAAAGAGAUGCAUCCUUGGGCAUAUGAGAAAGAGGGAGAUGAUGGAGUCGUCAAGCCACAAAGUGUCAUAGCCAUGCUCGAUGAGUUGACGGCGGAAGUCAAAGACAAUACUGUAAUUGCCACUGGUGUGGGUGCGCAUCAGAUGUUUGCAGCACAGCACUACCGAUGGCGCUCUCCUCGCUCUAUGAUCACAUCCGGCGGCCUAGGGACGAUGGGCUUCGGCUUGCCGGCCGCUAUUGGUGCUAAAAUCGCUCGACCUGAUGCUCUCGUUGUUGACGUUGACGGAGACUCUAGCUUUGGUAUGACAAUGACAGAGCUCACAACGGCCAAAUGCUACAACAUCGGCGUCAAAGUUUUGAUCCUGAACAACAACGAGCAAGGAAUGGUAACGCACUCCCAGCAAAUGUUUUUCAAUGAUCGCUAUGCUCACACCCAUGGCACCAACGUUGACUUUGUCAAGUUUGGAGAAGCUGCGGGUGUACAAGCGGACCGAGUUGAAACGAUUUCCGAACUGCGAGAGAAAUUGCAUUGGUUGCUGUUUGAGACUGGGGAUUCUACGCCAGCGUUGCUCGAGGUGAUGGUUGAUCAAAAGGUCCCUAUCCUGCCGAUUGUUCUACCUGGGACUGCUUUACACGAGUUUGUUCCAUUCAAUGAAGAGCGAGAGAGGGCGCGUCGUGUUCUGACGAGAGAACGGUCGGGAAGAUAG